CUCUUGAGGCGGCUUUUAUUCCUGAGCUUCUGCUGCUCACGUUACCUGAGCUUAGAAUCCAGGCAGCUGGAUUGGUCUGGGCUGCAGUCAGGUCCGAUGGCUCCUGCAAUAUUAACCAGCUUCUUUCCUCUGUGUGUGUGUCUGCUGCUGACACCAGGCUUCGCUGGGGCAGGCAAGCUGCUGGUGGUACCCAUGGAUGGGAGCCACUGGUUUACCAUGCGUUCAGUGGUGGAGAAACUCUCCCAAAGGGGGCAUGAGAUGGUCCUAGUCAUACCAGAGGUGAGUUGGCACCUGAGCAAUUCAUCCAAUGUUAUAGUAAAGACUUAUCACACGGCUUACAGUCUGGAGGAUUUGAACAUUGAGUUCAGGAAAUUUUCUGAUUUUCAGUGGAAGGUUCGGCCACAGAGUCUACUUCCUAUGUUAAUAAGUCCAGCCAACACAGUUUUUGAUUACUUUUUUUCACGCUGUAAGAGCUUGUUUGAGGACAAGAAAUUAGUAAAAUACUUAGAAGAGGGUUCUUUUGAUGCAGUGUUUCUAGAUCCUUUUGAUAUGUGUGGUUUGAUUAUAGCCAAGUAUCUCUCACUCCCAUCUGUGAUCUUCACCAGGGGAGUUUUCUGCCAUUAUUUUGAAGAAGGCACUCAGAGUCCCCUGGCCCUUUCUUAUGUUCCGAGAGCUUUUUUGGAAUUCUCUGAUGCCAUGACUUUUGAGCAGAGAGUGUGGAAUCUUAUCCGGCACUUAGAGGAACGUUUAUUUUGCCACUAUUUUUACAAAAAUGUUGAAGAAAUUGCCUCUGAGAUUCUCCAGACGCCUGUCACAACAUCUGAGCUCUUCAGUCAAGCAUCAAUUUGGUUGUUACGAAAUGACUUUGUUUUGGACUAUCCCAGACCAGUGAUGCCCAACGUGGUCUUCAUCGGUGGCAUCAACUGUCAGGAGUCGAACCAAAAGCCGUUGUCAGUGGAAUAUCCUGAAGACUUAAGGCAAGUCCAGAAGCUGCAAACAGGAGUCGGGAGGCAGCACUCUGCUUGGGAAGGGCCAGGGGCUCUCAGCAGAAGGGUGAGUGGUUGUUGGACUCAGUGCCGGUCUUCAGGAGCACGAGAACCUCAGCUGAGGUCAGCUGAUAGAUAUGUAGGCGUGACUCAGGAUGUCACUCACGGUCCCUCUGGAUACUUCUGUUACCGAAUGCAAGCUCACCCUGCUCACUGUACGAUAUCUAUUGAGAGUCUUCUAUGUGCCUGGGUAAAAACUGGGGACGUGGCACCAACAAAUGAACAUGACUGCCUGAUGGAAGUUGCCGUCCAGUGGGGAGCAGGUGUUGAUCAGUUACAAGCGGCAAAAAGCACGUGA